CAUGCCCAUCAUUACAACCUAGAUUAAAUAAAGUCAAUUGGUUAUCCUUGUUUUUCAUUUGAAAUAAAUAAAAAAGCUAAGAAUGUCGUAAAGUGAAAAAUCUUCAAAAGAGUCCUUUAAUUGCUUUGCAUGGUUUAAAAAGUCCAUUUCUCACUGCAAAAAAACUUUGUUAUCUUGAGUUUCUUUUUCCAUCAAGUACUAACUUUACUGAGAAUUCAGAUUUCUCAGUACUGAAUUAGCUGCACUUUUGAAGUUAACUUGGAAUUCUGAUCUUCUUGGAUUCUGAAGAAUCGAAGAAUGAGGAAAUAUUGGCUGCCAUCUUCAAGCAUUUCUGCAGCCUUUGCUUUUAUUGUACUUCCCCAUUUCAUUGCUUGUUUAUCCAAUGAAGAAAUCCAACUCAACAGCCAGUUGAUUAGCAUCAACCAGCAUGUUCACAAGGUUAAUUCUCAUAAGACAUUUGAGAUUGAAAUUCAUGGAAUAUUGUUGUGGGCUUCAAUGGGAUUCUUGAUGCCUGCUGGAAUACUCACAAUUAGACUGUCCAACACAGAGGAGUGUAGCCCAACAAGACUCAAAGUUCUCUUCUAUGUUCACGGAAUUCUUCAGGUGCUAUCAGUGCUACUGGCUACUGCCGGAGCUGUGCUAUCAAUCAAGAGCUUUGAGAAUUUGUUCAACAACAAUCACCAAAGAAUAGGUGUAGCCCUUUAUAUUGCCAUUUAUGUCCAAUUUCUUAUGGGAUUUCGCCGGCCUAAAAGGGGAAGUAAAGGAAGAAGUGUAUGGUUCUUCUUCCAUUGGCUACUUGGAACAACAAUAUGCUUGGCCGGAAUUAUCAACACCUACACAGGCUUAACAGCCUACCAUGAAAGAACAUCUAAGCCAACAGGCCUUUGGACUAUAAUUUUUACAGCACAAAUCUCAUUCAUGGGAUUUUUCUAUCUUUUCCAAGACAAAUGGGAAUACAUACAAAAGCAAGGGGUCAAUCUUGAAAAUGUCGAAUCUAUGACACCCCAAGUGGAAAUAGUUGUUCCUCAGAGUGAUGGCCAAAAGAUGAUAAUGAGAACUGAAUCAGGACGGAAAAGCAAUGCCCUUGGGACUUACUUUUCUAGAAGCAAUGUCCUCAAUAAAUUAUUUCAACAAACUUGAAUAUAUCAUGUUUUUGGAAACUGUAAUUCCUAUUCCUCCACCUUUUUUCUUGUUUGCACUUUAUAGAUACUAGAUUUUGGUGUAUUGUUAUUUGAGGACACCAAUUAUGUGAAUGCAUCAUUACAUAGGGGGAAGGUUAUAUAU